UGUUGUUGUUGUUGUUGUUAUUAUUAUUAUUAUUAUAAUUAUCAUUAUUAGUACUAAUAUUAUUGUUGUGGGUUUUGAUUUCGGCUCCGUACCACUUUAUCCGUUUUGUGGCUAAUAAUUGUUGACUGAAGAUGUCGAUUCGAAAAUACAAGAAUCCAGUUAACAAUCACUUCAUCUAUAAUGAUGACAUACGCAAGAGCACAUGCAAAAUCUGUUAUUUCGAUAUGGCUGGAAGGCAUUCGGAGAAUCUGAUGCGGCAUCUAAUGCGCAAACACCCGGCCACGUAUGCCGAGGUGAUGAUAGAGAAACAACGCCGUCGAACCGCUAACUUAAAUCAAAGCGGUUCAACGACAGAUACUACAUCCAGUCCGUUGUCAUCCAUGUUUAAAUUUGAAACGGAACCACAUAAAUUUCUGAUUAAAUCGGAAAAAUUGGAAUUCAGACUCAAUGAACCUCUCCAACAUCAGGUGACCAAUUCCGAUACUUUUUCAAAUGAAUACGAGGACGAGGACGAAGAUCAAACGGGAAAUGGACAAUUUGAGAGCGUUUACCUUGCAAAAGCGGAGCUACGAGACGGUCAAAUGAAUGACUCCAAUGAAUCUCUCUCAUAUCAGGAAAGUCACCCCGAGGAUAGUGAAUUUAUCAUAAGCAAUUUGCCACCACAAAACUCUGCUACUGCUGAAACUCAUGUUGCAACUGCAACUGUUGCCAAUGCCGUUGCCACGUCCAAUGCCACCUCGUCUGGAUCCUCGACUAUAGCGACAAUUGCUAGCCCUAACCCAGAUGAUGCCUUCUUUCUGCAAUAUCUGGGCAAUAAGUUCGGAAAAUACUCUGCGAAUACCAAAAAUACCGUACAAUUCCAUAUUAAUCGCAUUCUCUAUAAGGCCGAUAUGGGUUGUUACGAUAAUGCUGAUGCAUCAAAGGUAUCAGAAACGGAUAUUUAAAUUGUCUGAUUAACUUAAAUGUUAUUCGAAUAUAUGUAUAAAUAAUAAUAAAAAUCACGUUAUGUAGAUAUAAUUAAA